AGGGGUAAAAUUAAAGCCUGAAGGUGUGUUGAAUGCACUCAUGGUGUCGUCCUUUUCUUAUGCGGACAGUCUUCCUCCACCCUUCAUCAUCAGCAUCAUUUCCUUCAGAUGCUCCGCCGCGUUAGCUUCGACUAAACGGGGACACGUUCAGACCGGAGAGCCCUGCUGGCGUCUAUAAACUAUACCAUAAAAAUGCCCAGCGUGACGGUGAAAGAUGUCAACCAGCAGGAGUUUGUUAAGGCAUUGUCGGCUUUCCUUAAAAAAUCUGGGAAACUAAAGGUCCCAGAGUGGGUCGACACUGUGAAGCUGGCCAGACACAAGGAGCUAGCUCCCUGCGAUGACAACUGGUUUUACACCAGAGCAGCGUCCACAGCUCGCCACCUCUAUCUGCGAGGAGGUGUGGGAGUGGGCGCCAUGAUCAAGAUCUAUGGAGGCCGCCAGCGGAACGGCGUAUGCCCCGCCCACUUCAGCGUGGGCUCCAGGAACGUAGCAAGGAAGGUUCUUCAAGCCCUGGAGGGCCUCAAGAUGGUGGAGAAAGACCCCAGUGGCGGUCGUCGACUUAGUCCUCAAGGUCAGAGGGAUUUAGACAGAAUCGCUGGACAGGUCGCCUCUGCAAACAAGAAACAGCGAAGUUUACAAAGCGCCGCCUGAGGAAAGCAUCCAGAGUGCAUACGGCGUGUUUAUUCACUUUUUAUUUGCUUGUCUUUUCAUAUCAGCCUGGUUCCCACUCUGUCCAAGGACAGCAGACAGAUGCAUGAGUCUGCAGUUCAGCUGAACUUGUGAACCAAUAUAAAGUAGAAACAAGCAUUAGCAUGUUAAAGUUGUUGCUCUCCACCAAGAAACUGUGAAAACCGGAAAAUAAAACAAAUACAACGGACCCAAAAACAUGCUUUACUCUUUCGAACAACUUUGUUUUCAGAAAAUUAUGCAUAUUGUUGAUUUUGCUACAAUAAAAGCUGAUCAAUA